GGUCGGACAAAUCUACCCGACCCAAAAUCUUCUCCUUCUCCUAGUUCUGAGUGACGACGCUAAUGGCGAAGAAAAAAGACCGCCGAGUAGUGGCGCCGAGUUCCGAACGCCCCAAAGACCGAGCCGAACCGUCGCACCAACUCGCCCACUCAGCCUCAUCCUCCUCAAAUCGGAAGCUCGUAAUCACCUUCGUCCUCUUCUUCGUCGUAUCUUCAGCAAUCUCGGUACUCGUGUACCGCCUCAAUUAUGCUCCGAUCACAGACCGGAUGGAGUCCUACGUGUUCCGGCGAGGCCUCGUUAAGCCCGACGUGACCUACCAAGAGAUCCUCACUGAAAAUGCAGUUGUUUCGGAAAAUACGACUGGCAGGCACUAUACUUAUCCUGUAUUAGCUUACAUUACUCCAUGGAAUUCUAAGGGCUAUGAUUUGGCAAAAAGGUUUAACUCCAAAUUUACACAUAUAUCUCCAGUCUGGUAUGAUCUGAAGAGUCAAGGGACCAGCUUAAUUCUGGAAGGCAGACAUAAUGCUGAUAUUGGGUGGAUCUCAGACCUUAGAAUAGCAGGAGACGCUUGGGUAUUGCCUAGAAUUGUUCUGGAAGCUUUUCCAGCAGAGCUGCUUACAAAGAAAAAGCAGAGGAAUAAGGCUAUUGAUCUUAUAGUAAGCGAGUGCAAGGAAAUGGGCUAUGAUGGAAUUGUGCUGGAAUCUUGGUCAAGGUGGGCAGCUUACCGUGUUUUGCAUGAUCCAAAGAUGCGGAAUUUGGCAUUAAAGUUUAUAAAAGAUCUUGGAGAUGCACUGCAUGCUGUGACUUCAGAGAGGAACAAUAAGCACCACUUGCAGUUGGUGUAUGUUAUAGGCCCACCACAUUCAGAGAAGCUCCAAGUACAUGAUUUUGGACCUAAAGAUCUUCAUAGCUUGAGUGAUGCUGUGGAUGGAUUCUCACUUAUGACAUAUGACUUCUCAGGGCCUCAUAAUCCAGGUCCCAAUGCACCUUUGAAGUGGAUCGAUUCCACCCUCCAGCUGCUUCUUGGUACCAAUAAAAACAGUGCUCUGGCCAGCAAGAUACUUCUCGGCAUCAAUUUCUAUGGAAAUGAUUACAUCCUCUCAGGAGGUUCUGGUGGUGGUGCUAUCACCGGAAGAGAUUACAUCUCCUUGUUGGAGAAGCACAAGCCUGCAUUUCGAUGGGAAAAGAACAGCGCAGAACAUUUGUUCUUCUACACUGAUAAUGAUCAUAACAAUCAUGCUGUGUUCUACCCAUCGUUACUGUCAAUUUCCAUGCGGCUAGAGGAAGCUCGUAAAUGGGGUUGUGGCAUCUCAAUAUGGGAAAUUGGGCAAGGUCUGGAUUACUUUUACGAUCUUCUAUAAAACAGUCCUCAUUCGACCUUCUACUUGUAACAUAUUUUGAUAAUCUUUGGUUCACCUUUUCUCUGCCGUAGGAUAACAAAGUCUAGUUAGAUAUGAGAGUCUGUGACAAUAGCUUGAAGAAUUCUUAGAAGAUUCUUAAUAGUAGGACUAGGCCUUUCUAUGCAUCUUCAAGUACCGACAGCCAUUUGGAUUUCUAAUCUAAAACAGACCUUAGUUUA